AUGUCUGGCUCAGCCGCCGAGGUCCCAAAGGUUCAGGAGCCCUUGGUCUCCCAGGCCCUGGUGAUGGCGUCGCCUCCUUCUCCUGCCGCGCCAUUGUUCCCAGGUUCUUCUGCCUCCUCUGCUGUCAUGGAGCGUCCCCUUUUAGAGAUGACCCAGUUGCGGGAAGAUCUCCGGGGCGAGGAUCCGCGCCUGGUGGCCGGGCGCCUGGAGCCGGCAUCCGGCUGGCUUCAGUCUGAUGCGGCGGUCCGAGCAACGCUGAACCAGGCCGCAACAGCCUCCGACGAGGAGAAGCGGGCCGCUUCGCAGGCUGCGGCCGAUCACGAGGCGGCGCUGAAGGACGCCAAGGCGGCCCACGACCGCUGCCGGGUGUUGGAGAACGAGCUGAAGGGCCUGCAUGAUGAGCACGCAGAAGAAGCUCGUGGCCGCCGGGCGAAGGAGGAGGAGAUGAGGGCUCGGGAGGACGCCAUCAAGAACCGUGACACCGAGCUGGGGGAGCUGGCGAAGACGCAGACCGCUGAACGCGGCCGGCUGGAGGAGCUGGAGCGGAAGGUGGAGGCGGAGAAGGUCGAUCUUGUCGUGAAGGCGAAGGUCCUGGCUGAGGACCGUGCGGCCUUCGCGCGUCUCGAGAAGAGCCAUCUGCACCUUCGUGACCCCAGCGCUCGUCUUAACGAGCUGCUGGAGCCUGUGGCUGAUGAACACUCCACAGCUGCCGCCGCAGCCGUGAGGGGUCAGGUGGAGGCCCUGCUGAAGAAGUUCCGCGGCUUCGCUUCCGCGCCUUCGACCGGAGGCGCCGCCACUCCUGCAGCUCCGGCCAGUGACCAAGACGAAGGCGACAUCAUCAAGGGAGGAGCGCCUCUCGCGGGCGUCGAUGGCGUUCAGGGGUGA